CAAUAAUUAUUUGUGUUUUAUAGCAGUAAACCAAAGUAAACAAAAUAUGUAAAAUAAAAAUAAAUAAAAGCAGAUCGAUUUUUAUAUUUAAUUUUUGUUCAAAAGAUGACGUCUGUUCAAGAAAGAUUGCAAAUCAAAAGAACGGCGUUGGAUAAAUGGUCAAUUAAGGAAAGAUUAUGUUUGGCUUCAGCAGUACAUUGCAGUGGCGAUCAGAAUUGGAUGUCAGUGAGCAGAUCUUUGAAAUUACUUUGUUCAAGUCACAAUCGUCCCCCGGACUGGUUUUCUCAAAAAUCUUGUGCGGUUCAAUAUGGCGAGUUAUUAGAAAACGUUGAAACACCAAAGCGGAAAAAACGUACAAACUCCGAUAAUCAAAACCAACCCGCAGAAACACCAACUGAAUCAAUUUUACGAAAUUUGAAGCAGGAGCGAGUAACUGAACUUGAAGCUUUAAUACAAAAGGAAAGGGAUGUUUAUAUAAAACUUCAUAAAGAUGCAAUUUCGUUACAAAAUAAUACAGCAACUGAUGAACAAAUUCGUGAAUUGUGGCUACAAAUACAAAAAGAAAAGGAACAUCAAAUUGUAGAAGAACAGAAAUAUAAUGAUUGGCUAAAGGAACGCGAGCAGAGAAAACUUGAACUGCAGCGUGCUUGGAGACCUACUUUUACUUCCAAUUUAAAUGCUAAUCAAACCGCCACACAAACAUCUCAAGGAACAAAUUUAAAACAUGAAGAUAUGGAUAUAGAUGAAACCAUAACACCCAUAUCAUCCACAAUGAUAGCGUCAUCAAAGCCACAACAAACCGCAACAUCACCUCUGCUAACAUCUCUUUUAAAAACACCAUCUCCUACUAUCGGACCUGCUACUGUUACACAUACAAGUUCCACGCCCAGUGCAAGGGUACAGGCACCAACUAUAACUAAUUUGUUAACAGGUGGCCAAUUACCUCCAAAUACAACUUGUCAUCAACAAUAUAAAAUUAGCCAUCCAGUGACGGGACCCCCCAUUCACAUGACUAACGUACCGCAGGUGGUUCAAAGUCCAUCUCAAGCGGCCCCAACAUUGUCAAUGCUUUUAGAAAAUAAGAACUUAAGCAAGGAAAAUUCUUCAACAAAUUUAGACACUGAAGACAAGUCACAAAGUGCUCAGCAAUCUAUAGAACAAGAAGGUGAUGGGAGCGAUUCUCCCAAUAAAGAUGAAUUAAUGGAAGUUUUUAAGGGAUUGAUAGAUGAAAAUAUUGAUGAAAAUAUAGAUGAAUUGGCUGAAAUUCUAACAAAUAAUAACGCUAUUAUUCCAGAAAUAUUGGACGAAGCUUUAGAAAAUGUUGAUUUAGAGGAACAGCUAAAUCCAGAAAACGACGAAAAUGUUUUACUCAACACAGUAAAUGAAGAAAAAACGGAAGGUACAGAUUCAAAAAACGUGAAUGAGACUUUCGCCAAUGAAAAUAAAGUGAACAUUAAAUCUGAAAAUGAUCCAGAAAAUCCUGAACUAAAAAUAAAAACAGAAAAUACGGAUAACAUUGGCGAAAACUCUGCUGCCCUGAACGUAGAGCCUGUUAUAAAGGAACAAAAAGAUGAUUCACCCAAUUCGGUGCAAUUUGUUGAAACUAAAGAGGAGCCAUUAGAUGAAAUAAAACCAACUAUAAAAUCUGAAGAAUCAGGAUUUAAACAGAUUGAAACUGAAAACGACAAAGAAGACAAGAAAUCGGAUAUAAGUGAAGAUUCAGGAGACAUAACGUUUCAGGAAAUAGCUAACGAGAUAAAGGAAAAAAUUAAAGCUGAAGAGGGUCAAGAUUCUAAAGAGUCUUCAGACGAUGUUAUGGAAAUAACGGAUAACCUUCAAGGCAUACAAAGUGGCGAGAGUGAAGAUAAAAAAUCUAUUUUCACUUUUGAAGACUCUCAAGAUACUCCAAUCACAAAAAGUGAAGGUUUCAGAAAGCUUCAGACAUCAACAAUCAAAGAAAGUUCCAAAAAAUCGAUAAGUGAAAGCUCUGACAUUAUUAUUAUUCCAGAGGAUGAGGACUCGGUUGAAAAAAAUAAAAAGGAAAAUGAAGGAGCUGACAAUAAUAAAUUAUCCUUUAGUGAGAAAACUGAUUUACCACAAAAAAGUAAUGUAGAAAAAACUCCCGAAGAUAUUAAAAGUAUAAAAAAUGAAGGGGAUAAAAAUAAAAAAUUAGAGACAACAACAAUAACAAUAAUUGACACUGAUGAUGAUUCAACGCAUACUGAUACUUUGAUAAAGGAAGAAAAGAUCGCCGAUAAUUUUGUCCCGAAGUCAAACUUAAAGCGGGAGAUGCUUCAAGAAAAACCAGAAGUAGAAGAUAAAAAACAACCUCCUGAAGAGGAUAAUAAAAAUUUAGUAUCUAAAAAAAUAAUUCGUGGAGAACAAGAAGAUUCUGAAAAUGCACCCGCAGAGGAUGAGCUAAAUGAUUCAAUGCCUAGAACCAGAAGAAGAUUUUCAUCCACACCAGUAAUGGACAGCGUUCCAAAUUCUCCUGCUUCUUCAGUAGAAAUAAAUGAUCAAAAGGUUUGGAAAAAAUCCAUUUUAGCCGUUUAUGCAAAACUACUUAGUAAUAAAAACUCGUCACUUUUUCUUCGAACACCAAGUGAAGAGCAAGCUCCAAAGUAUCGGCAGAUUAUUCUACAUCCCUUGGAUCUUCAAACCAUUAAAAAAAAUAUUGACAACAAUAUAAUUAAAUCUACUAAUGAAUUUCAGAGAGACUUGAUGUUAAUGUGCAUUAAUGCCAUUAUGUUUUGUGAACAAAAUUCAGAUAAUUUUGUAGCAGCAGUAGAAUUUCUCGCAGAAAUCAGAACCCAAUGCUCUAAGUUAACAGAGAAAGAGAAUAAAAAGGAAAGUGAUGACACUCAAGAUAUAUCAAUUUCUACAACAGCUAUACCCACAAAUAUAUCACUAAGUUCAACUCCUUCAAGCUCUUCAAAAAUGAGGUCUCGGAAAUCACAAAGAUUUUAGUUCUAGAUUCAAUUGAUUUUGUUUUUAAUAAAAAAAACCUGAAAUAAAAAUUUACAUUCUCCCAAUA